UAUUGAUGGGAUGCUAGCGCCAUGCAACGGGAGCAUAAUCACAUACUCUGAUAUGACCGUUACAAAGUUUUACACAAGGCAGAAAGCAAAGACGUUUGUUCUCUGUGCUUCUUCCUAGCACUUUCGGUUCUUAAGAUUUUUUCUGGCCCGUGAUCCCAGAUUGAGAACCACUGGUCUUUUCAGUACAACUAACUACUUUGCUAGAUGUUUUCGACUGAAAAAGGUAUGCUAUGGAGAUUGUGGUUUCUCAGUCUAGGGAAUCUAAACGAUGAGAUUUGCAUUGCCCGACGUUUCGGACUGAUUUAUUUGGCCAUUUUUUAAGGGUAAACUCAAAGAACAAUUUAUUAUAUUUUAACAUUAAAAAACCUACGCUGUUUAUCGUUUUUCUUUUUGUUUUUAUAUGUAUUUUUUAACAAACUGUGGCACUAAGUUUGUUUAGAACUUCUUGUAACUUAUACCUGUAAAUUAUGAUUAAGUUGUUUCCGUUUUUGUGGAAGUUUUUGAGUGUGACUUACAUAUGUUUUUAAGUAAAAUGUCAAAAUAUUGUUGAAUGAACACAGACCCUUCUUGACAUUCAUCAAGUCACUCUGUACUGAUAAAUGAAUCGUAACGGUUGUUUUGAAGAUUAGUGGUGAAUUGGUUAUGUCGACUCAUUUGUAUCGUAUUGAUCGCUGUGUUCCCCGGUAAAUUUUAAAACCGAUGUGGAUGGGUUAAACUUAAACACGGCUUACGCUGAUAUUUUGCCUACCAUAAGAAACCAAAACACGCGCAGAGACAGGAACAGGGUUCGGUUUUAGAGAAAUUUGCUGGGCACAUGACCAUAGGUUGGGAACCACUGCACUAAGCUAAAUUGCUAAAUUAUCGGUUGAGGAUAAAUAACUUUUUAACAUAUCAUAGCUUCGAAACUUUAUAGAAAAAGACCGAGAACCGGAAAACUGGAUUUGAAUGAACAGGGCAAUGGUAGGUAAGGAAAGUUGUUUUACAUUGUUUUUCUAAAUUUUGCUAGAAGUUUCAUCAUUAUUCAUCUAAUAAUCCCGCAAAUAAUAGUUGCCUGAGAUGCUGCCCCAAGUAACAUUUUGAUGGCCAAUUAGCCAAUUACAGGUUUUGAGAACCGUAAUAAAACCUUAUAUCUUUUAUUUUAGUUUUAUGAUGGUUUUAAGAACGUCUUCUGGUCUAUUAGACUAAAAAAAUGUUACUUGGGGUAUUUUCCAGAAGUUCGAUUACAAAUUCCUCUGAUUGAUACAAAUUCAUCCAACAACGUCAAGUUCUUGUUUUUUUUUCCUCUAUGUUACAUUACAAAUCUAACUAUCUAACUAUAUCUUACUGUCGUAGUGAAAACCACUCCAGUAGUGUCACUCUCACCACGAAGGCGCCCUCCAGAAAUUACGUAACGCUCUCUAAGAGGAGUGCAGCCAAACGUUACGACCCAUACAAAAAAAUUAGGAUUUUCCUACAAAAAAAGUUCCGGUGGAGGGUCGCCAAAAACAGUCGAUUUUAGCUUUACGUAAUAAAUGGAUGCUGGCUGACUAAUAAAUACUGUCUUGACGGGUUGUGAGCCGCAAUUAGAUGCACAAAGUGGUUAUAAAUUUCCCUGCUUCCAACGAACGCCCUGUGCGACACGUGACUUGAUCCGCCGGCAUCAGGGAAGCACAAAUUGCACAUUUUACGCGAUGAUUGGCACGAUGAUACGUCCAGCAGCGGUACAACGGUUAGUUCUCCAGUAUCUUCCGCUAGCGGCGAGACGUUGCGUUGUGCCACGGCUAUUGUCACCCAUCACUAAUGGAUACAGUUCCUCAGUUCGUUCUGGAUGCGGUACGGAAGGCUGCCGAAAAGUGUGGAUUUCACGGCCAGGACCUAGUCAUACGGAUUGAACCGUGCAACUCUCAGGAUGGGUUCAUUGGACAGCUGUUCAGGGCGACCUUGAAACAGCAGGGAUCGCCGGACAAGAGCUUGAUCUGUAAGAUCCCUCCGUUGUGCGCUGCCCGCAGGGAGCAGUUCGACGCUUCGCCAAUGUUCGAACGAGAACCAUGGUUCUACGAGAGGAUUCUACCGGAGUUUGAGCGGUAUCAGCGUGAGAAGGGCGUUGACAGGCGAGACGGGUUCACGGCGUAUGCAAAGUCGUACGUGGCGUACUAUGAAUCGAUGGAUCAAGGAACGGUUUUGGUUAUGGAAGAUCUAGGACGCAGAGGUUUUCGGAUGUACAAUAAGCUGCUGCCCUUAGAUUACGGUCAUAUGGAACUUGCCAUGGUGCAGCUAGGGCGGUUCCAUGCCGUAUCGUUUGCCAUGAAGCGAGAUCAGCCGGAUGUUUACGAGUCGUUGAAGGUUCCCAACGCGAUAGUCGAAAUGUUCGAAAAGAACCGAUACUGCCAGUUCCUGGUUAGCGAAUCGUUGAAGUUGGCACUGGAGAUUCCAGGGUUGAAUGAGACGGAACGGGAGGUUUUGAAUAAACUGAAGGAUAACGUACUGGCGGAGUUGGUAGAAUGCUUAGAUGUGGGUAAAGCGGAACCCUACUCAGCGAUCAUUCACGGUGACUGUUGGAUCAAUAACUGUAUGUUCAGCUAUGAAGAGGACGGUAUUUCACCAGAGCAACUGAUCUUAAUAGACUGGCAGCUAGGAUGCUGUGCAGCACCUGCUGUUGAACUAGUUUACCUGUUCUACCUCUGCACAGAUGCUCAGUUUCGGGAAAAGCACUUCGAAGAAAUGGUCAUACUCUACCAUCAAUCAUUUGGCACUCUACUACGGAAGCUAGGUGGAAACCCGGAUGUUGACUUUCCCUACGGAGUUCUGCGCAAACAGCUGAAGCAGGUCGGGCGAUAUGGAGUAAUGAUGGGAUCCUUUCUGGUUCCUGCGAUGUGCAUAGCCAGUGAAGACCUGCCGAAUCUGGAUGAAUCAGCCGCUCGACAAAUGAGUACCGAUCAGUACGAGUUACCAUACAAGCUGGACGAGACAUCCUUACCUAUCUACCAGGAACGAAUGCUUGGAGUCAUUCGGGACGCAAUGAAGUUCGGUUGUUUCGAUAUAUAAGGAAUCAGAUGGACCUUUAAUGUCAAUCACAAGUAACCUAACCUAAAUACAUCUUUAAGAAAUCCA